UAGUAGAUACAGUACGGUGUUUUCUCUGUGCAUUAUUUCCUGGCACCUGUAGUUGGAGUAUAACGGUAUUUAAGUGCGGGUUAUUCCCCCGCGCCUGUAUUCAGAGUAUUACGAUAUUUAAGUGCGCAUCAGUGGCCGGCGGUGCCGUAAUGGAGCCGUGCGCUCUGUCACCAGACCUUUGAUUUUUUAGGACAUGGCAGCCAUCAUCUCUCUCCAGCUGCAGCUCUCCAACUCUCCACUGCAGAACAGAAACAGACGACCAGGGCCGGGCUGAAAUACUCACGUCUCCGUUUACAACAAGAACAAGUGCCAAAACUCCAGAUAUGACUUCACUCCAGUUUCAUCAGGUUUCACCACUGCAUGCUGAGACGCUGUAGAUGUUGAGCUGUUCUCAGUCUGGUAAAACCCCCCUCCUUCAUCAGUCGUCUGACGUCCUUCUGCCACUGGGUGGUUCCACCCAGCUGAGUCACCGAUGCCUCGAUGGAAAGCCUUCUUCAGUCAGUAUUUACGAUGGUCGAGCACCGUCACUCAAGCCCUCGUCCUGGCCGUCAUCACUUUUUGUGUGGUUCUGCCUCUGUCCUGCCACCGGCUGCUUUACUCGUACUACUUCAUCAAGUCCAUGUACCUGGACUCCAUGAGCGAGGAAGUCCUGCGGGAAAGCCUGGACCGAGGUCAGGACGCUCUGCGCUUCUGGCAGAGCACUUCCAACGUGGUGGCUUCCAGAUUCAGCGACAUUGCCCAGCAUCCUGAGCUGCUGGUUACCGUGGUGACCGCCAGGCGGAGCGAGGGGCGGGACUUCCACUACCUGCUUCAGGUGAUGAGGCGGCUGAGCAACCUAUUGGGAGGCUGCGGGGAGCGGCGGUGUGCAGAGGUUCUGGUCUGUGACGUGGAAAAUGGCCCGUAUGAAAACCAGGACGCCAAGCUGUUGGAGCGCCACUUCCGGGUGAUUCGGCGAUCACCUCUGGAGCGGCAGAGGAACUCUCUUAACACCUUUGAGAAGGAGAAGAGGGAUUACGUCUUUUGCCUGCGGAAAGGACGGGAGCUGGUGAAACCCAAACACAUGGUGGUCCUGGAGGAUGAUGCGUUGCCAAAAGAGGACUUUUUCACAGUGGUGAAGGAUUUGCUUUCACGUCGCUUCUCUCUCCAGACUCUUUACGUCAAGCUGUAUCACCCUGAACGACUGCAGCGCUACUGGAACCCUGAACCCUACCGCAUCCUGGAGUGGGUUGGACUCGGGAUCAUCGGAGCCACAGCCCUCCUCCUCACCUUUCCUUAUUGGAAUCCUUGUUCUUUCUCCUUCACGCUGUCAGCCACCCACUUUGUCUUCUUCAUGCUUUACUUCAUGGCUGCUGCUGAGUUGGUGGGGCGACACUACUUCCUGGAGGUGCGUCGACUUUCCCCACAGUUCUACGCCGUCUCUCCGGCCACCGAGUGCUGCACGCCGGCCAUGCUGUACCCCGGCAAUGCCUCUCUCAGGGUGGCCGAGUACCUGGACGCCUCAUUCUGUGUCAAAGGAAACGCCAAAGACAUGGUUCUGUAUCGGAUGGCCAGAACGAUCCCUGGGGAAAGUUCUCACAGCGUGGAACCCAACCUCAUCACUCACAUCGGGGCCUAUUCGUCAGUCAGGCCGAACCCACUCAGGCCCAGACUCCUCUGACACGGAGCAACCAGGAGGAUUUAAUCAUGUUCCUCCUCACAUGGUUCAGUGUUUUUGAGUUUUUUUGUGCCAUGUUACCUUCUGGAUUCUUUCUAUCACAGCGAGUGUUGGUUGGUUUGGUCAUUUGCAAGUGAAACGUUGUCAAGGCAACAAGGUGAAAAGCAGGUUACGAUUAGUUGAAACGUAUUUUUAGAUUUAAAAAUUCAACUAAACUUUCUCUUAUCAUUUGAAAGACAACAUAUCAGUCUGUUACAGGUCUCACUAUAGAGUUUUUACCUCUUGUAGCUACUUCUACACAUAUACAGGUGAAGCAUUAAACAUUCCUAACAAUGGUUUGGCUCUUCUGUGCCAACAAACGCAGCGAUCCACAAACAAAAGACUGCGAGCUAGUAAACAAACUCCAAACAGUUCAUUGUGGUUUCGGACAGAACUUUGCAUCUUUUCAUCAGCAAAUCACCAAAUCCUGUCUCACUGAGCUGUGAUUGCAGUUUAAAACCGGACAUAAUCUCAUUACCGUUGGAAAAUAUCAUUGAAUCAGUUUUUGGGCGGCUUUCAUGUUUUUUCUACACUGCUGGAGGAUCACACAUGCUGCUGGACUGUUGGGAUGUUUCUACUGCCUGUGCUAACGCUACUCCUCAGAAACCCAUCAGACGCUGUCAAAACACAUCAUCAUCAUCAUCAUCCAUCAUCAUCAUCAUCAUCAUCAUCAUCAUCAUCAUCAUCAUCAUCAUCAUCAUCAUCAUCAUCAUCAUCAUCAUCAUCAUCAUCAUCAUCCACCUGUUAAACUUAUUCAACAUCUAGAUUUUUACUCGUCAAGAUGUCACAUGGAUAAUGGUGAGAUCUUUUAAAGGAUGUGUUCACUGUUAGCUUAAGAGAAAAAAAAGGGUUGGGCUUCAAUUGUAUUUCACUGAAUGUCUCCAGCACAGAUUAUCUUGAGCCAUCACUGGUUUGCAAAGGGGCCGAUUAACCAGACUUCAGCUAAAAGUUUAAUUUAAGAUACUAUGACCUAAAGUGAAUUUGCUAUGGGAAAUUAAAGCUAAGAACAUACAUUAGCUUUAGAGCACAACUCCAUCCAAAAUGGAUCUAGUAAAUGAAACCCAACUCUAAAUAUUAUCUCCCAUCAAGUAUAAUCAUAUCAGAAGUUCAUUAAAAGAUGUUUCCCAAUGUGACGAUCGAUGUGGCCUUCCAACUAAAACCUCACAGAUAUCUUCAUCCUCUCAGGUUGAUAA